AAUAUUGUGUAUUAGUGUGUGUUGUGGACGGAUUUAUAAUUGGUUUGGUUUUGGGACUGUGUAUGGAGAAAAAGGUUCAUACUUCAUACUGUGGAAACAAUUGAAUGUGUGGAGUUGUUUUUGUUUUUUGUAGUUUAGUAUGUAGAAUGAUUUUUAUCUAAGUAUGAGAGAGUAAGUGGAAAGGCUUAUGUAUCUUAUAAGGGCUGGGGAAUGAUGAUUUACAGCAAGAUGGAAAGAUACAGUUGACGGGUGGUAUAUAAAUUUUGUUAAGAGAUUUGAUGAGUUGAAAAGCAAUAGGAAAAGGAAGCCAAUUUCAUUAUAGCAUUUGCAAAAAAGUGAGCAGGAGAUACUAUAGUUGAAGAAAAUGGAUUGUACUUGGAUGUACAAUAGGGUAGCUGCUAAUAGGAACAGAUUGGAAGAAGAGUUCAUUCGCGGUGUUAAACGAUUUGUGAAGAGGGCUUUGAAACAACCCAUUUGUAUAUCCCAGGGAGGGGUAAGGUGUCCGUGUAUAAAUUGCAAGUGUAUGAAGAUAUCUACAGCAGUUAAUGUUAGACUUCACUUGUACAAGAAUGGAUUUCAACCAAACUAUUGGAUUUGGACUGAACACGGAGAAGUGAGGCCUAGUGUUGAUACAAUGGGUGGUUUGAAUAGUAUUGGGCACAUGCAUCAUGAAAACCAAUUUGUUACAAUGAAUCAAAUGGUGUAUGAUGCUCUUAGACCUUAUGGAGAGGUCCCCACUGUGAAUGCUAAUACGGGAAAUGAGACAUUGGUUGAGGAUGAGUUGCCUAACGACCUUAUGGAGAGGUCCCCCUGUGAAUGUCAAAUUAUCAUUGUGUACAAGUUCUGGCAUGACUAACAAAGGUGGCAGUAUCAAAGGAAAGCCUCAUUCUACUAGGGGAAAACAAAAGGUAUUACCACCGGGAAAACUUAAUGAUCAGCGGAAUCUCAUUCGUCAUAAGAAGUGUACCACCGAGUCAUUUGUUCAUAUUGCAGCACCGGCUCAGCCGGAAGCACCAGCUCAGCCGGAAGCACCAGCUCAGCCUGCAUCACCAGCUAAGUCUGCCGCACCGGCUCCGCCUGUAGCACCGGCUCAGCCUUCAGCAUCGGCUCAGCCUGCAGCAUCGGCUAAGUCUGCAACACCGGCUCAGCCUGCAGCACCGGCUCAUGGCUCUACUCCUGAAGUAUUCAUGUUUAUGCCAACUCCAGGAAUGGGCAUUCAAACAAUGGUUGGCUCUUCACAACAUGCCUCACGUGAGGCUCCGAUUGAGGAGAAUGAUGUGCAACAAAUAUCCGAUGAGGAGGAAAAUGGGGUUGAGGAUGACGAGGUGGUGGGUCAAGGGAAUGUUCCUCGUCUUGCGCAUAAGAGAGAUGAAAAUGGGAAGAUCAUUAUACGACCUGUGGGUAAAGGGCUCGCUCCUACUGAUGAAGUGGCAAAUGCCAUAAAUUACGCAAUACGAAAGCAGUUUUAUACGCCUAUCUAUAAUUGGAGUGUAUUCAACAAAAACGAAGACACUAAAAAAAUUAAAGCAGAAUGGUUUAAAUCUUUUGGGGAGAAGUUAUCAUGGGAUCCUCGUGAUCACGAUAUUGUCUAUCAUGUAUUUGAACAAAAGGGAGCAAAACGACUAUCAGACAUGCUUACGAAGGCGAGGAAAAAAGAGAUCAAACCUGCAUGGAUAGGUGAUCUAGCUUGGACAGGUCUUAAAGACUACUGGAAAAGCGAGGAUUUCCUUAAAAUCUCCAAUCAAAAUAAGAUCAAUCGAUCUUCAAAAAGAGGCGGAGCGCUCCACACCUCUGGUCGCAAGUCUCAUCUGGAUGUGGCACUUGAGCUCUCCAAUAAUUUUGAAAAGGAUAUGUUCCCUGAUGAGUUGUUUUUGAAAACACAUAAGAGGAAAUCUGGAGCUUGGGUUGAUGGUCGAUCAGAAGCUACCUAUGGUGCAUAUAAAAAGAAAUUGGCUACAACAGAAACACAUAUUGACAAAACAGGUGGAGAUAGUGUUCAACAGGUGGAUGGAGGGACAAAGCUUAAGUUGUGGAAAGAGUCGGUAGGGGGUCAUACCCGUGGCCGGGUUUAUGGCACGGCAGACUUUUCUGUCAACCUCCGGCGUGGGUGUACGUCCUUUACUCAACAGUCCUAUCAUCCUCAUGGUUCAAUGUCUGGUAUGUCUUUGGAAGUGGAGAGGGCAGCUAGACUUAGAGCUGAACAGGUGGCUGAGAAUGCAUUAACUCAAGCUCAAGAAGCUAAAGAGAAUUAUCAUAAGUUACAAAAUGAAGUGAAUGCAAUAAAGGCACUUCUUAUGGAGCGCGACCUUGGCGAGAAAGAUCAACCUUCAACUGGUGGAUCGUGCAAUGCCCCCCAUCCUCCUUCACAUCCUGAUUAUGAUGACGCUUUGGAUGAAGAGUCAUUAGAUGAACAGUCCUCGGAUGGUGAUGCUUGACAUGUAGUGGUAACUCUUAUUUUGUAGUUCGACUAAUUAGUAUUGGAACAACUUUGUUACUUGAAACAUGUUUAUGCUUUUUAUGACUUUUUGAUAAUGCCUGAUUAUGAUAACCACUUUUUGCGGCAUAUGAUCUUGUAGUCCUAACUUUGACAUUGAAAUGCCUAAUUAGUUUGUAUAGUUUGAGACUAAUUUGUACUUUGAGUGUUUAUGUUAACUCAAUAUAAUAUUUUUGUGGCA